AUGAAGCUCACCACCAUCCUCGUUUCAGCUCUCGCUGCCGCCACCGCUUCCGCCUGGGAAGUCGACUUCCACUACGCCAACGGGCAGGUCAUCUACGCUCACGGCACCCGCGACACAGGAUGCAACGAACUCCGCCUCAAGAACGUCAAGAUGAGCAAGUUCAUAUUCAAGCCGGCCACCGACUUCUAUGUCGAUCCCACGAGGAUCAGGGUCUACCUCGACAACGAUUGCAAGCAGUUGAGUGUGGAUACCGACAAGGGCGAGUUCGACUUGAAGCCGGAUCGCAUUAUUAGGGCGUACAGGGUGGACUGA